CCCUUCACUGGUAAAAGCACCUGAAAAAAUCAGAAGAUCUAGGAGCUUAGACAGGCAUCCUACAUUUGCUAUGGAUAUUACAUACGUCACCGAAAGAAUCAUUGUUGUUGUUUUCCCAAAGACAGAAUCUGAUGUCACAUAUAAAAAUAAUUUGAAAGAAGUAACGCGCAUGCUACGCACAAAACAUGGCACAAGCUACAUGGUUUUCAAUUUGUCAGAAAAGCGUUAUGACUUGGCAAAAUUCAACAACAGGGUAUUAGAAUUUGGCUGGCCCCAAAAUCUAGCCCCACCUUUGGAAAGGUUGUGUAGUAUUUGUAAAUCAAUUGACUCAUGGAUAUACAGUGAUCCACAAAAUAUAGCCAUAAUCCAUUCUAAGGGUGAUAAAGGCAGAGCCGGUAUUGUGAUUGCUGCAUAUAUGCAUUAUAGCAACAUUUGUGCAAGUGCUGAUCAAGCUCUUGACAGAUUUGCUAUGAAACAGUUUUUUGAUGACAAAUUAUCAGAUUCUAUGCAGCCCUCACAGAAAAGGUAUGUUCACUACUUUGCUGGUCUUUUAUCUGGUGCAAUAAGAAUGAAUAAUAAUCCUUUAUACUUGCAUCGUCUAAUUAUACAUGGAGUGCCAAAUUUUGAUGCAAGAGGAGGAUGCAAACCUUUUUUAAAAAUAUAUCAAGGGAUGCAGCUCAUUCACACAUCUGGAAUCUAUUCUGCAACGGAAAAGUCUCGAAAGAUAAUAGUUUCCUUCGAUGCUGGACUGCAGGUCAGAGGCGAUGUAUUUAUUAAAUGUUAUCACAAAAGUACCCGUCCUCUGGCAAGGUAUACUAUUUUCCAACUUCAAUUCCACACCUGUACAGUUGAAUCUGAUCACUUGACAUUUGAAAAACAAGAAUUAGACUCUGCAAACUCAGAUUCUCGUUUUCCUUCAGUUGGGAAAGUGGAACUCUUAUUUUCUUUUCAUCGAGAAGACUUCCGAGGAAAUGGCUCGGUUCAAGAUUCUGUUGUGCCCCUUGAUGGUUCCAAUGAUCCUCUAGUGAAAUGGGACUCAUAUGAAAAUUUUGAUAUUAUACCUGAAGAUAAUAUGGAUGAAGGUCCUUUGGAUGGUAGUUUGUACGCUACUGUCACAAAGAAGAAAUAUUCUGAUGUCCUGAUUCAUACACACAUGAAUCAAGACACAUUUGGCGACGUUGAAGGACCCCACAGUAUUGAUUCCGGAAUAUCUUCUAGUUCUGGUAUACGUAACACUGAUGCAGACAGCCAUAUUAUAUCUGAGUCAUCUGCUCCCCGAAGUACCCCAUAUUCCAAUUUCAAAGAUGAACAGGCAGAGCUGGAUGAGUUAGUGCACGGAAUGCUUAAAGAAAUUCAGUCUAUACCUGAUGCUCCGGUUUAUAGUAGUUUAAGGCCCUUUGCUGCAACAUUAACGUCUCAAUCUCCUAAAACACGUAAUUUUAACACCAUAACAUCAACAAACAUGCAAAGAAUCGAGUAUUCAACACCUACCAGCAUCAUCAGUGUGAAUGGAAACAAACAGGUGAACUAUCCAACUUCUACGAAAUCAGACUCUUAUUACCAGAAGCAAGAAGUUUUUUCAGAAGAUGAAGAAAAUAUCCCUUACCAUGCAAGAAAAUCAACUUCACCCUUUUCUUAUGGAGUCCAAAGUCCCGUAUUUGAAAGAAAACGCUUGUUAUCAGAUGGACAUCAACCCCUUGGUCUGCUAGAAAAGACUAAAGGAGAUAACCAAUACUCGUGGCUUCAGAGGCAGCAGGAUAAACUAAAAGCUCGCCGAGAAGGAAGGACGUGGGAAGAUCGUCAUCAGAAAGAACAAUUACUUCUAGAUGAACUAAGAAGGACACAUAAAAGAACGUUGCCAAAUGGUGAAUCAACUGAUGACGUUAGUCUUGGCUUAGAUUUUUCAUCAUCAUCCAGAGAGACAUCACCACCAAAAGGUCUGAGCUACACACUUCCAUUGCAUGUUAACACUUAUAACGGUCAUUCAUCUUCAACACAACCUGCUCCAAUAAAGCCUCCGACGUAUAAGAAUACAAGUGCCCCGUCUUCUCCAUUACUUCCACAAAGGAGUAGCAGCAAAGAAGUGACUCGUUACAGGUACCCCCAGUUUCAAACCCAGAGUAAAUCCCUCACAAGGCAAAAAUCUGAUACAUCGUAUGACAGAGAGCGGCCUUUUGUUACAGCAAAGAAGGCUCACCAACUGGCAAAAGAACAAAUAGCACACAAUCAAACUUCUCCACAGAACGUAAUUGCAUCUUCUGCUGUCUAUGGAAAUAUUUACUCUCCAAAACACGAUGCUCCAGAUUCAGGACUUUUAGGCGUAGCACAUAAUACACCAGCAAAUACAAAACUCGACAAAUUAGAACAAUCCCUUCAAGCUAUAGUAGUACCUUCUCGAAGUCCAACCAGCAGUCCACAUGACAUGCAAAGUUCGCCUCUCCCUUACAUGCAGUCAACACCAAAGAGUAAUUAUAUUGGAGAUUCUGCUUCUUGGUCCCCUUCAGUUGUUGGUUCAAGUCCUCCUAGUAGUCCUUCCAGAAUGGACAGGCCUGUAACACCAGCUUUUCCUGUACCGCCUGGCACACCUUAUCAAAAUCAAGAUAUGACUGGAUCUGCUUUGCCUCCCAAGAGUCCGUUAUUAUCACGUAAAGAUCGCAGUCCUUCCCCGGCCACAAUACCUGGUUUGCAUCAUGACAUCUUGUCUCGUUCAACUAGUUACAAUGGUCAAAGCUCACCUGCUCCAUAUUAUAGUCACUCAAGACCUUCUAGCAUGGUUUCCUUAAAUGAGUCAUCCGAAGCAAUUCAACAUCAGUUAAUGUUUGUGAAAGAUACUUCCAAAUAUUGGUACAAGCCAAAUAUUUCAAGACAACAAGCCAUAGACGUCUUGCGAAAUGCAACACCUGGUACUUUUAUCAUCAGGGACAGCAAUAAUUUCCCCGGUGCCUAUGGUCUGGCAUUAAAAGUUGUAGCACUUCCACCCAAUGUACAAAUUAAGCCAGAUGAUGACAUGUCUAAUGAAUUAGUCAGGCAUUUUCUCAUUGAACCAACAUCUAAGGGAGUGCGUUUAAAAGGUUGUCCCAAUGAGCCUGUGUUUGGAAGUUUAUCUGCCUUUGUUUAUCAGCAUACCAUCACACAGUUAGCUCUGCCAUGUAAAUUGGUACUACCAGAAGAAGAUAUAGCACCAGUCACUGAUGGAAAUGAUAUCAAUCAUGAAUCUUUGUUGGCACAAGGAGCUGCUUGCAAUGUAUUAUACUUGAACAGCGUAGAAAUGGAAUCGCUGACGGGACCGCAAGCAGUCAAAAAAGCCUUUGGGGAAACGUUGGCCUUAAAACCUUUACCAACAGCAGUUCCUGUCCAUUUCAAAGUAUCAAAUCAAGGGAUAACUCUAACAGACAAUACUAGAAAGUCAUUCUUUCGGCGCCAUUAUCCGGUGAAGUCUAUUACACAUUGUGGGUUAGAUUUAGAGGACAGAAAAUGGACUCAAACAAAUGAUGAUGGGGUGCCUAUAAAUACAUGCCGUGUUUUCGGAUUUGUUGCCCGAAAACCUGCAAGUCAAACAGAUAACCAGUGCCAUCUUUUUGCUGAGUUAGAGCCUGAACAACCAGCAAGUGCAAUUGUUAAUUUUGUAACCAAAGUCAUGAUGUCUGGACUACAGCAACCUUCACAGAUGGUUUGAGACAGAGAGCAAUCCUUGUUUGAAAAGGACAUUUUUUUGUGUGUGUGUAAUUUAAAUACAUAAUUUGAGAACAACUUUACUUUGUAAUUAAAAUAUUUUAACCAAGUUUGUACAUAAAAAUAUUGUAAUAUGUAUUAAGAUGCAAUGCAAUGUUGGACAAAGGUUCUUUUUUUUUUUUUUGUACAAUUAUAAAUUUUAAAGAUUCAUUCAAAUUUAUUACGUUUUGAAGAAUAUAUAUUGUAUAUAACUGUAAACAUUUCGAGUAUUGUUUUUAUUUUUCAAAAAGAGAAAUGCGUUUUAUUUAGGAUUAACACAUUGUCGAUGUUAUAUGACUUUUGGAAAAUCCUCAAAAUUUUAUUGGUUUUAUGAUGCUAUUAUGUUUCACUCGUUCCUAAAUAAGUGCCUUUUUUUUUUAAUUGUUGCAUUUAUUACAAUCACUUUUUCUUCAAAUAUGUUCUCUACCCUCUUAAUAAAAACUGAUUUGAUAGAAAUUUGAAGCUCAUUACUUGAUAUUUUACUAACGCUGGAUUAAAUUCCGAAAUAAAGCCACAAGUAACACAUUUUGCAAAGGAAGUGAAUGAGCAUAAACGUCAACUUUUUUAAGAGGGCAAUUUUAUAUUUAAAAUGAAGGUUUUUUGAACUAUUACCAUCUAUUGUUUCAUAAAUGAACUAACCUCUUAACUGUGGCAUAUAUUUCAGAAAAACAAAGAUGUAGGAUGCUCAUAUUUUACGAAUUUUAAAAAAAUUAUCAUAAUAAAUGUAAAGUAAUCUAAAUAACCAUCUAAGCUUUUCUCUUUAAAUUCGCUAUGAUUCUCAGUCCAAACAUUAGAAAGGUUGUGUUUUCGAAAGAUUCAGUCUGGUUUCAGCCGAUAUGGUGAUUCGGUACCAUUCAAUAAUUCUCUUAUUUACCAUGCAUCUACCAACCUUCUUUGCUCGAAUAAGCAGAGAAACUAGACUACCAGUUUCAGUUUAUAUUUUCAUUGAACUAAAAAAAAAAGCUAAAACGUGCGUUGCAGUAAGCAUAGUUUUAGCU